AUGCAGUGCGACGGCCAGUGGGGCGACUUCAUCACUUUGCAGGCGCUGGCACAGUCCUACGGCAGAGACAUCCAUUGCAUCACCGAGACGGGUGACACCAACACCAUCGAGGUCAGGAGUACCCAUUUGGGUCCUCCGGUGGUGCUUGUCUACUACCAGGACUGGAGCCAGCUGGUGCGAGCUGAACUUGAACAGCCGCGGCAUUGCCGGAACAUGCAAAUUGAUUCAGCCGGAGCCUGUCGCAAGAAACCCGACGUGGCACCGAAGCUCCGUCAGAGGUGCCACGACGACGCAGCUUUGCUGGUACAGAUGGAGCUUCGCGAGUCAACGAAAGACGAAUGGAAUGAAGCCACCUUCGGCAACACCCGUGGUUGGUCUUUCGAAGAGGCGCUCGCUGCAAACGAGGCUAUCUGGGAGGCGGAGAAGGUGGACUGCCAAACGCGCAUCGAUCCACUAGACGAACUUCCGUACACCUGGAAGCAGAUGAGGGCCUGGUAUCAAGGAACUUUCUCAGACAGGGCCAUCGCUGAUUACUGGCACCAAUGCCGGAGAUCCAACUGA